AUGGCCAUUUGCAGAAUUAACAACAUUCAUAUCUUCUUAUCUUACACAAUUCUCAUCAUUCUGCUUCUUCCCAACUUAACGGCGGGCGAAUGCACCUGCGAAACAACAACAAAUACUGUCCCUAAAACCGAUUCUCUCAAAUAUAAACUCAUCUCGAUUGCCGCCAUCCUAAUCGCGGGUGCCAUCGGAGUAAGUAUCCCCAUCCUCGGGAGAAGUUUCGACUCACUACGUCCCGAAAACGACAUAUUCUUCAUAGUGAAGGCGUUCGCGGGCGGAGUUAUUCUCGCCACAGCUUUCAUCCACAUCUUACCCGAUGCGAUUGAUAAUUUAUCUUCGCCGUGCCUUAAAGAAAAUCCGUGGGGAAAAUUUCCGUUCGCUGGAUUGGUUGCUAUGCUGGCUUCCAUUGGGACUUUGAUGGUAGAUUCUUUAGCUCUGGGGUUUUAUAAGAGAUGGCACUUUAAGAAGGAUGGGGACAGACAGAUUGUUGAUGUGGAUAUUGUGACGGUUUUGAAUGAGGGUCACGACGGUCAUGGUCAUACCCAUUCCACACAUGGCCAUGCACAUGGACCUAUUAGUGCACACGCAGAGGAUGAUCUUAUUCGUCAUCGUAUAGUAUCGCAGGUGUUGGAGUUAGGUAUUGUUGUUCAUUCGGUGAUAAUUGGGAUAUCCUUGGGAACAUCUCAAAGCCCAUCCGUCAUAAAGCCUCUUUUAGCUGCUCUCACCUUUCAUCAAUUCUUUGAAGGCGUGGGACUUGGUGCAUGCAUUUCUCUGGCACGAUUCAAGUCGUGUUCAAUGGCUACAAUGGCAGUAUUCUUUUCCCUAACGACACCUAUAGGCAUCGCGAUUGGAAUUGGGGUGUCUAACAUCUACGAUGAGGCAAGUCCAACAGCAUUGAUUGUGCAGGGGGUUUUCGACGCAGCCUCGUCCGGAAUAUUGAUAUACAUGGCCCUUGUUGACUUACUUGCAGCUGAUUUCAUGAACCCUAGAGUUCAAAACAGUGUCAAACUCCAAAUAGGGACAAAUAUCUCACUUCUUCUUGGCGCUCUAUGCAUGGCUGUCUUGGCUAAAUGGGCAUAA